AUGACGACGAACCCUCUCCACCCCGCGGCCAUCCUGCAAGGGAUGGCUGAUGCCCUGCCCACCCAUCCCCAUGGUGACACUACAUCGGACCUAAGCAGCUCCCACGAGGCCCUAGCCCUCUUCGCCCACGCAUGCAUGGCAUCUCUCGGCUUUCGGUUGCUUGGAUUUGAUGAAGAAAAGACGAUCGAAGCCAAGUGCCGAGAGCUUGCGCCCCGCCUUCCCGAGAACUGGAAUGCGUCAUUCAACACCUGCGCCUUCGUAUACGCACACCAACAGUCGGCACUGAAGUUUGUCAUCAAGAUUGACAGGAUUGGCGGCAAGGCCGAGAUCCGCGGUAUCGCUCUCGAAGACGACCGUAUUGCGCGGGCUGAAGUGACUACCAAGGACUACGUCUCAAAUGGAUCGUUGCCUGUUCGAAUCACUCUAACGGAUGACUCGGUGGAGGAUCGGUCGGACCUGGCUCAAAAGCUACAGGCGGUUUUCAUCAGCGAGGGUCGGAUCACCGAUCUCGCUAGCCUCAUCAAGGUCAAUAUCAUCCAGAAACUGCUGCCCUCGCUGCAGAAGGAGGGGUAUGAGGAGUCCCCAGACGAGCGUGCCGCUCGGGAGGACGCCGAGGAAUCAGGACGACGUGGACCCAGACAACCAGUCAUGCCGGACCCUAUGCCUCAGCCGGCCAAUCCGUACCCGUUCAACGACCCACUCAACCCUCCGCCGAGCAGACCCGUACCGGCUGGCGACUUCCCGCCGCCCGGUUUCGAGGACCCUUACGACAUCUACCGACCUCCUGGUCGCACUGGACUUGCACCAGGCAGAUCGCCUUUCGGAAAUAUCGGGGCUGAUGACCUGAACCCUCCAGGCUUGGGGCCUCACGAUCCCCUGAGACCCUCACUUGGUGGUGGUGGUCUUCCGCGUCCUGGAGGCUCAAGGGGCAUGCACCCUGCAUUCGACGAUCCUCUAUUUGGAGGACAGGGCGGCGAACCUGGUUUCGACCCACAAGUACCACCUGGUGCCCGUUUCGAUCCUCUUGGGCCUGGUGGCAAUCCUAGAUUUGGCGGACGUGGUCCUGGCGGAGGAAACAACCCGUUCGGUGGCAGUGGUGGAUUUGGAGGCUUUGGCGGUGGGGACAUCAUCUAA